AUGCUUUUCCGGUCUGCUUUCGGCCGGAAUGCGCCACGGUGUCUCCGAAAACAAUGUAUUGCCCAGCCAAGCACCCGCCGCGGAAUGGCAGCGGCCGCUAAUAAGGGCUUCGAAUAUGAGGUUGGCGAGGCUGCUGGUGUGAAAUUUGCUAAUAGAGAGGUUGCUGGACGUACCACCACUCUAUCCCUCGUUGCAAAGGCUGGUUCGCGGUACCAGCCCUUCCCGGGUUACUCUGAUCUUUUGGAGAAGUUUGCUUUUAAAUCUACUAUCAAGCGCUCAGCGCUGCGGAUCACCCGCGAGUCAGAGUUGCUUGGUGGGGAGUUGUCCGCAUCUCACUCGAGAGAAAACCUCGUCCUUACCGCCAAAUUCCUCAACAGUGACCUCCCUUAUUAUGCAGAGCUCCUUGUGGAGGUAAUAUCAGGAACCAAAUACUCCCAACAUGAACUUGAUGAGCUUGUCUUGGAUCUCGUUAAGUACUCCCAGAAGGGCCUUGUAGCAAACCCAACUGCCCAGGCGCUGGAUUCCACACACAACGUUGCUUUCCACCGCGGUCUUGGAGAGAAUUUGAUCCCUUGUGCCUCAUCACCUUUCAGAAAGUAUGUUGAAACAGAAGGAAUCGCAGCGUUCGCUCAGGGAGCAUACUCGAAACCAUCCAUUGCAAUCGUCUCAAGCGGCCCCAGUACUACAGCUUUGUCCAAGUGGGUUGGCCAACUCUGCCGUGAUAUUCCUACUACCUCAAGCUCCGGACCAUUCAGCCCGAAGGCUAGUGAGCCAUCCAAGUACUUUGGAGGCGAGGAAAGAAUUGCAAGCCAGGUUGGCAAUGCCAUCGCAAUCGCCUUCUCCGGUUCCAGUACCAUCGGCAGCGCCAACUACAAACCAGAAUUUGCGAUCCUUGCUGCCCUCCUCGGAGGCCAGUCCACCAUCAAAUGGUCUCGUGGAACCUCUCUCCUUGCCAAGGCCACUGAGGCAUUCUCUGACGUAACAGUGUCAACCAACAAUGCCACUUACUCUGAUGCCGGCCUUCUCCAUAUCACCGUCUCGGGCAAGGCGCAGAGUGUUGCGGCUGCCAGCAAGAGCAUUGUCGAGACGAUUGAGAAGGUUGCGGCAGGCAAUGUCAGCAGUGAGGAUAUCAAGAAGGCUUCUGCCCUCGCCAAAUUUCGCUCAUUGGAGGCUGCAGAUCAUGCCACAUCCUUCCUUGAGUUCACCGGAUCCAGACUAGUCCAUGGUGGCAAGCCACUCCAGAUUUCUGAUAUUGGCCAGGGUAUCGAGAAAGUCACUGAACAACAGGUUAAGGCGGCCGCCAAAUCCCUCCUUUCCGGCAAGGCGUCCGUCUCCGCUGUUGGCGAUCUGCACGCCCUCCCCUUCGCCGCAGAAAUCGGCUUGACCGUUUAA